CGGGAGCUCCCGGUGCCGGCGGCGGCGCUGGGGGGCGCGGGGCUCCGUCCCCGCCUGAGCGCGGCCCCGCUGCGCGGAGGAUGAGCUGCGGCCAGCCCAAGGACAUGGAAGCUGCCGCCGCUCACUUCAGCUUCUGCCGCAGCCUCCUGGAGCACACGGUCUCGGCCGAGAACCUCAGCUACCGCCUGCAGAGGAACCCGGGCAGCAGCCUCACCUGGCACGACGGCCGGAGCCAGCGGGCUGACAGCGGCCGGACCGUCAAGCUCCUGCGGCAGCCGGGCACCGAGGGCUCACAGGGCCGUGUCUGCGAUCACUAUGGCAUCUACCACACCAGCCCCACGCUGGGCAGCCUGGCCAAGCCGGUGGUGCUCUGGACCCAGCAGGAUGUGUGCAAAUGGCUGAAGAAGCACUGCCCGCAUAACUAUCUCAUCUACGUCGAGGCGUUCUCCCACCAUGCCAUCACAGGUCGGGCGCUGCUGCGGCUGAACGGGGAGAAGCUGCAUCGCAUGGGCAUUGCUCACGAGGCGCAGCGGCAGGAGGUCCUGCAGCAGGUCCUGCAGCUCCAGGUGCGCGAGGAGGUCCGAAACCUGCAGCUGCUCAGCCAAGAUUGUACCAACACUGUGAACCGAGCACCUCUGGGAUGGGCUGUGCACCGCCGAUAUGAGACCUGAACCACACGCUUGGAAUACGAAGAGACAGCUUCCCAGCCACUCCGGGGCUUCUCUCCUUCUUCUUUCUCUUUCUUUUCUAUGAAUACAUUUCUGUGCAGAGAUGGGAGGAUUCCUCCAGCAGACGUGGUUCUUGGCUGGAGGAAAAUCAGCAAAACAGCCGCUGGGACAGACGAACUUUUGCCCACCUGAACCUGACAGUUCGCAGGGAAAGAGAUGGGAAAAAGGAGACGGCGACAGGCAGGGCUCAGCACUGCGAACAAAUCGAGCAUGAUUAUACCCCGGGACAGCUCAGAGCCACGCACAGGACGGUGAAGCCUUAUGCACAUGGGCGACAUCCCAGCACCCAGCAGCUCAUGUCCAUACCUCGGAGCUUAUUUAGGGAGCUUUAGUUUUUUCUUCAGACUGGGCUGUCUUCCAGCAUCCAAGGAGGUAACGUUAUCAGUAGCAAAUAAGAUGACCCGACCAGCCAAAAAAAAUUAAAAGCGGAGCCAAGUCAUCAGCACCCGGCUCCACUUGGUGAGUUAAAAAGGGAGCUGAGUCAUCAGAGCUGGAAAAUCCGGGAGCAAAGGCAGGGUGGACACGCCGGGAGGGUGCCAUGGCCUGGAGGAAGCUGUGCCAGGAACUCGUCCUUCAUCCGUCCUCGUUUGCAGGCAGACAGGGGAGCUGAUGCAGGGGCCGGGGGGGAGCAGCCGGGGAUGCUGCCAGGUGGUGCCGGGUGCUGCCCGGGGUGAAGCUGGGGAUUCCUGGGUGCCGGGUUUCCCCCCGGCCCUGGUGCCCAGUUGUGUUCCCUCCUGCACCCUCUGUGCUCCCACCAGCUCUUUGCAGAGCUCUGCUCCUCUGGGCAUUUGCAAAUGCUCAUCCUGACCUCUUCCCCAGGGGCUGGUGAUGGUGCCACCCAACCCAGGCACCGUCCUGAUGACCCAGCUUGUCGUUAAGGUGAAACAACAUUUACUGUUACACCCCCACCCCGAAACCCCCCUGUCCGGAGCCACAGACUGCUCACGCGGGCAGGUAAGGAACAACCAAGGAUUUGGGAGCAGGGUGGAUGCUGUCACCUCCCCACGUUUCCCCUCCGGUGACAAGGGCAGGGCUGCAGGUCCGGGGCGGGGGGCGUCCCGAAACAGCAGCACCCCAAGGCCCCUGGGACAUCGCAGCUGCCAGGGAUGCGGAGGCAGGUCGCGGUGGCCCCCCCAACCAGGCGCCCACCUGCCUGUUCCUCUGCUGGUAAUAAA